CGUGUCGAUGCAAAUGUGUCGCCUCCCGAUGUUAUCAAACGGCCUUCUUCUUUAAUGAUUGUUUUGAUGGAGGGACACCUAGCGGCAGGAGUUACGCACUGUGUGUUUUUUAUAUCAACGGAACAGAACGGAGUGAUCGUCGCCGCUGCUGCUGUUGUUGCUGCGGCGUAGCUCCGCUGUGUUCAUCGCUCCCGGAGCGAAUAUCGCCUCCUUUUUACCGUUCCCUCGUCUGACCCUGGAGCUCAGAGCCGUGCAGGGGAAGGUGGACAUGGAGCCUCACGGCAGAGACGACGUCAAAGGGCCGGUGCUGCACAUCGUGGUGGUGGGAUUCCACCAUAAAAAGGGCUGUCAGGUGGAGUUCUCGUAUCCUCCGCUGAUGCCGGACGAAGGUCACGACAGUAACCUGCUGCCCGAGGAGUGGAAGUACCUGCCAUUCCUCGCUCUGCCAGACGGGGCGCACAACUACCAGGAAGACACAGUGUUCUUUCACCUGCCUCCUCUCACUGGAGACAUGAAGUGUGUGUACGGAGUUUCCUGUUAUCGACAAAUAGAAGCAAAGGCCCUGAAGGUGCGACAGGCCGACGUCACCAGGGAAACGGUUCAGAAGAGCGUCUGCGUCCUCAGUCGAGUGCCUCUGUACGGCCUCCUUCAAGCCAAACUGCAGCUCAUCACACACGCGUACUUUGAGGAGAAAGACUUCUCGCAGAUCUCUAUUCUACAGGAACUCUACGACCACAUGAACGGCUCGCUGAAGGGUUCGUCGCUGGAGGGAUCGCAGGUUUAUUUAGGAUUAUCGCCAAGAGAUUUAAUUCUGCACUUUCGACACAAGGUUCUUAUUCUCUUCAAACUUAUCCUGCUGGAAAAGAAGGUGCUGUUCUACGUGUCUCCUGUCAACACACUCGUCGGAGCGUUGAUGACAGUUUUAUCGCUGUUUCCAGGUUUGAUCGAGCACGGCCUGGUGGACUCGUCUCACUACAGACCAAAGAGCAGCGUGUCAGAGGACCCGGGUCUGCUGGACAGUUUCUCUGCAGCCGACGAGUUUGUCUCCGUGUCGGUCACUGACGCGCUGGGGCUGGAGGAGGAGGCGGAGUCAGCCCCGGCGUCCUCUGAGAACAGUGCGGAGGGAGAGAACGGACACCUCCUCAAACCGCCGUCGCGGACGUCGCCGGACUCGUCAGAGAGCGACUGGGAGACUCUGGACCCCAGCGUGCUGGAGGAAACCGGACCCAAAGACACGGCGGCGACGACGACGACAGACUCCUCCCUCAACAAACCAACCACGCCCAUCACUGUGCAGCCACAGCCGGGCAACGGUCAGGGGGGCGUCACCCAGGGUCUGGUGUCCGGCCUGGAGGAGGAUCAGUACGGUCUGCCGCUCGCCAUCUUUACCAAGGGUUACCUGUGUCUGCCCUACAUGGCUCUGCAGCAGCAUCACCUCCUGUCAGACGUGACGGUGCGGGGCUUCGUUGCCGGGGCGACCAACAUCCUGUUCCACCAGCAGAGGCACCUGAGCGAUGCCAUCGUCGAGGUGGAAGAAGGUCGGAUCCAGAUCCAGGACCUGGAGCUGAGGAAGAUCCUGAGCUUGACGACAGCAGACCUGCGUUUCGCUGACUACCUCGUCAAACACGUGACGGAGAACCGCGACGACGUCUUCCUGGAUGGGACGGGCUGGGAGGGCGGAGACGAGUGGAUCAGAGCUCAGUUUACGCUUUACCUGCACUCGUUACUGUCGUCUGCUCUGCAGGACGAUAACGAGCGGCUGCUGGCCGAUUAUGGCGCCGCUUUCACCGCCGCGUGGAAAAUCACACACAACCACCGGGUGUGGCUCAGCAACAAGCACCCGGCCAUGACCUCCAUCACCCCGGGUCAUCCGUUCCAGGGUCAGUACAGUGUCGCUGACGUGAAGCUGCGGCUGUCACACUCAGUGCAGAACAGCGAGCGAGGGAAGAAGAUCGGAAACGCCAUGAUGACCACCAGCCGCAGCGUCGUCCAGACGGGAAAAGCAGUGGGUCAGUCGGUGGGCGGAGCUUUGACCAGCGCCAAGUCCGCCAUGUCCACCUGGUUCUCCACGCUGGCUCAGCCGGCCGCCGUGGCUCCGCCGGACUCUGCUGAACCUGAGGUCAAACCCUGACCUUCACGUUUCCUCUUCACUGACUCUGUCCCUGUCCUCUGCUACGGUGAAGCCUGAGGGUCAGAAAGCUGCAUUUGAUUGAAGGAUUGGAGAGAAAAGCCUGGGGGCCCCUGUGUGGACGAGAAUGGUACGGUCCAAACAUCCACUGUGAGGCCCGAGAGGUCGUCACCUGAGCUGCUUCUUCCUGUGAGACGUCGUUUUCACUCUUUGCUACGGUCGGUCUGUGUCGUCCAAUAUUUUGAUAAAUAAAUAAAUAAAUGAAUAAAUGUAAAAAAAACCAGAGGGUGAUAAUAAUAAUAAAACACCUUAAAAACUACUGUGUAAAGGUAUAAACUGUAAAAAAAACCAACUUAUUUUCAAAACUAUUUUUCCUCCAAAAAUGUCUGUCAUGAAAUGAUCAGUUGCUUCUUUAGUUUAUUUAUUCUACAUAUUUGGGGGGUUUUGAAUUUUCCCAGAUCCUCAUAACUGACAAAAAUAAAGUAAAAACUGAAUUAGACGAAUAAAACCAUCAGUUUAAUGAAAGCAGAGAGCAAAGUGUUUGCUUUAAACUCUGUAAACAGAAAAACAACUUACAUUUUCUUUUGCUAGGCGGUGGCAGCUAGCUAAUGUUAGCGUGUUAAACGUCAUGUAACUGUGGAAAAAUCGUAACUAAAUCGGAAACUUUUCCUAAGAAAAAAAUAGUAAAAGAUUCUAAACUCUGUACGACAAAAAUGUCAUUAGCACCAUUUAUUUAUUAAUUUACCGUCCACAUAAAAAUGAGCAUGUAUUGGUUAGCUAAACAUGCGUUUUAGCUCGCUAGCUAGCUAGCAGUCAUGUAUCUUUGACUCAGAAAGAAAAAGGGACAUCAAAUUCAUUAUUUACUUUUAAUCUGAAUUUGACAACAAAAAAAGAUAUGUCCCCUUAAAGAGAAAUAAAAGCUGAGUCAUGUUAGCUAGCUAACUUUAUAAGAUUGCUGGUUAUCAUUGUUUUCAAAAAUGGCAGAACCCAUUGAAUGUUAAAGUAAUAUAUUUUAUAUUACCCACAUGCUAACUAGCCUAGCAACUGUAUCUUCACAACUUUACCCCUUUAAUUUCUUGGUGGGAAAAAAAAUGAAUAAAAACAGAAAAAUUAA